AUGGCGGUGCAAGUAUCCUCUUCGGGACUACUGCUGUCAUCACCACCCUCCGCGCAUACAUCGUACGGCCACUCUCGGUUUCACUCUUCUGAUAUCGGACUUGGCGGCAUGGACGUCGUGCCAGGCGGCGUGAAUCAAUGGUGGUUUCCCUGGCCUCGCAAAGCCCACGUAGCAGGCGGUUUUGCGCGUGUGGUGUUGGGUUGGAGCAACGGCCGACUGGGAUUCGGGGAUUCGGAGAUUCUGGGCCUCUGGGAUUCUGGAAUGUUUCAAUGCUGCUGUUCUCGCUGGGUUGUUGGCAGUGUGCUCGAAGACUCGCAGAACCGUCGUGGCCCCCAAACGCUGGCGUCACCGAACGACUUGCAAGAGCUAGUACGGGCAGGACUUGGUGCUGCAAGCAAGCAGACUUAGCAGAGAGGCAAAGGGAGAGCUAGCCAAAAAAUGUUAGCAAUAAUUGACGAGGAAGAAGCCGUCAAGCAGCGCGCCUUGGGUACGGUCAA